GCCAACUUCCAAGUUCCAAACAAAAGAAGCGCAUGCAAUGCCGUGAGGGGGCACCAAGCCUGCACUGAGCUUAGCGAAGUACAGCUUAGCUCUGGCUUAGCUUCGCUGGACACUUCCUGGCCCUGCCGUCGGUUGAGUAGACGUGCAAUUCCGGAACAAGGGCGCACCUGGCUGCGUUGCAGAGCUCGCAGAAGUUGCCAGAAAGCUUUUCUUCAAGCUGCAGCAUGGCUUGGACCGAUCCGAGUGGUCGGUGCAGUAGGAGAGACAGCGCAACCUCUGUGCUGCGCUGAGCAUAGCAAGUCUUUGGAGAUGGCUGCAACAUUGCAGCGCACCGCCGCUAAAAAGUUGCAUCAGGCUGCCAAUUGCCGCCAGGGCACCCUGGAAGGUGGACCACUUCAAAGUGGGUCAACACGAUGCCUGGUGGUGGGCAAAAGCUUAUCUCCAAAAUUGGUCGGGUGGGCGAGCGAGUACCAACAACUGCAAUUAGAGAUUGUUGACAACCGAUGGGGCUCGCGGCACCUUCAAUCCACCAAGUGCUUCCAACGGGCAAAUGAUUGGCACGGCUUGUCCACCAGGGGCUGUCCAAAUCAAAGGCGGCGGUCUUCAAAGUCCAAUGUGGGGCCACUCAAUGCCGUAGCUGUUCAGAAACCUACCUACCCGGUGGAAGAGCUGGGGAAAGCCCAGGACCAGGCGUGCAUCUUACAGGCCUUCAACUGGGGGAGCUGCCGCCGGGAUGCACGUUCCUGGUACCAGCUGCUUCUCGACAGUGUUGACAGUAUUGAGGAGGGGGCCUUCACCGACGUUCUCCUGCCGCCGUGCUGCCAAUCUCUGGAUCCGCAAGGAUUCAUGCCAGUGGAUUUCUACGAGCUCGACACCUCAUACGGGACAGCAGAGGAGCUGCGGCAACUCAUUGCAGCGCUCCACUCUCGUGGAGUGCACGCCAUCGCCGACCUGGUGAUCAACCGGCUGGCAGGCGUGGCCACCGACAGCACGGUCUCCUGGAAGAAGGCGGGGGGCACCGUCGCAGAUGAUAUUGAUUGGAUGGACUGGGUCUCCGGCAGCGGCUCCCCUGCUCUUCUGACAGAGGACGCGAGUGCCGACAGCUACCCCGGUCUGGCCGCUAUUGACCACUCCAACCCCGUCGUCCAGAGUGAUCUCAAGGGCUGGCUCCUCUGGCUGAAAACGGAAGUCGGGUUUGAUGGUUGGUUCUUCGACUAUGCUCGAGGAUUCGACCCCCAAGCUGUGGCGAAUUACGGGGAGGCCAGCGGGCCGUCCCUGGCCAUCGCCGACUACUGGAACCCAAUGCGCUACAACGGAACAUCCCUUGAAUACGGCCAAGAUCAGCACCGGGAGGACUUGUGCAACUGGGUCAAGGCUACCGGAGGCUCCGCAAGGGUCCUGGACUACACCACCAAGGGCAUCCUCCAAAUGGCGGUCGAGCGGUGCGAGUACUGGCGGCUGAUCGAUCCCAAGGGACGGCCCCCAGGCAUGAUCGGCUGGUGGCCCGCCAAAGCGGUGACGUUCGUGGACAACCACAGCACGGGGUCGGAGCCGCGGCACUGGCCCUUCCCGGACUGGGGCGUUAUGCUGGGCUACGCCUACAUCCUGACGCACCCCGGCACGCCCUGCGUCUUCUGGGACCACGUGCACGCCUGGAAACACAAGGAUGCCAUCUACUCGCUGCUCGCGGUCCGCCGCCGCAACGGCAUCCACGCGCAGAGUUCCGUCCGGAUCACCGCGUGCCACUCCGACUUGUACGUGGCGCAGGUCGGUUCUUUCGAUGGGCCCGAUCAGGCCUUUCGGGGGGUGUACGUCAAGCUUGGGCCAAGCAUGAACCUCCGGGGGGGCGGCCCGCCAGGGAGCGAUUGGGUUGUGGCUGCCUCAGGUCAUGACUACUGUGUUUGGGAACAGCGGUAAUCCUCGAAUGCGAAAGGCUCUUUCGGCUCAGAGAAUGGACUGGCAAGCUAGUCUGACCACAAAUAGAUUGACAGCACCAUGACACUGAAAGAGGUGUUCUCAGAAGGUCAGACAAGCUUGUUGAGGUUGGACAUCUUAUAGUGGUGCCGGCAAUUGAACAACCGGUUGUGCCGGCCUGUGCGGUAUGUUGCACGCCCCAGGUAACACUUGAUAGGUAUGACCAGGUUGGCAACUUGGCAUGGAGCGUGAGUGUCGCUUGCAGAGCGGCUCCUCUUGCUGCAGAUUUGAUUCCUAAAAGUAUAAGCAGAACAGCGAGGAAUGGUCACUUUUGAUUAUUUACGCCCUGAGCCACGACGCGAAAGUGGUCGGAGCUAUCAUCUUUAUUUUGAACGUGCAAUCUAGGCGCUGAUCCGCUUCCAUCGGCCUACAGUGCCGGAACAUGGACAGUCGUUUGACAAGCUGUUUCGAGACCAGUGUGAACC